CCGCUGUUGUCUAUAAAACACCUAAAAAAUGGUUGCCAACCCCAGGGUGACAAUCUACUCAGACUGCCGAGGUGCUUUGGAGCAGGUAAAAAGUUUCUGGGAGAAGAAACCUGUCGGCAAGACCCGGGUGUGCAGCGAUCCCAAUAUCUGUAAACUCAUUAUGAGAUCCCAAUGCCUUCAACAGAUGGGAGUUCAUCUCGAGCUAUGCUGGGUCCCUGGUCAUUCAGGGGUUGAGGGCAACGAUAUUGCUGAUAAAGGAGCUUAUAUGGCUGCGAAAAGCCAAGGCAUUACCGUUCCUCUUGAUGAGGGAUCACGGUGGAUUGAACUAGAAGUCCCUAGCGAUGAAUGAACAGCCAGCCAUUAUCACCCAUAAAAUAAUAGGAGGAGAAGCAAACUACAAAAAAAAAGGGGAGGGGGGAGAGACACAAGCUAGCAGAAGACUUGGAUACACCUUCAGACGUCAUUCAACCACUGAAAUCUAGCAUAAACCAGGAUAUUCCGAGGAGCGAGCUAUGAUAGCACCGCCAAACGUUUUACAAUCUGGCAAUUAGGGCUUCUGAAUACGGCCUAGAUAUGCAGAAGAAUUUGCAUCACAAACUUUGAUUCACGGAUCGGUCAUUAACCAAGGCCGAAGUGCCGAUCUUACAUUGGAAAGGCAUCUUUGCUAUACGAAGGGAAAUGAAAAAG